AUGGACGUCUUGGUCACCGCGGUGACCAGCGACCUCAUCGGCCGGUGCGUCUCCUUCCUCAUCGCCAGGUACCAGAAGCACGCCACCGUCAGCAACCUGGCGAGGCUGCACCGGCUGCUCCUGCGAGCCCGCACCGUGGUCGAGGAGGCCGAGGCGCGGCACGUCACCAACCGCGGGAUGCUCUCGCAGCUCGACCGGCUCAGGGAGGACAUGUACCGGGGCUACUACGUCCUCGACGCCUUCCAGAGGCGCGCCGCCAUCAGUACAAGAAGGCGAGUCGUCGCGGCGCACCGGUCCUCCUCGUCCACCUUGUCGUCCUUGUCCUUCGACGCGACCACCGACGGCGGCGAAGGCACAGUAGCCGUGAGCAGAUACGGGAUGAGGAAGCUGCAGGACGUCGUCGACAGCUUGGAAGCCGCGAUCGGCGACAUGAAGGAGUUCGUCGUGUUCCUGAGCAGCUACCCUCGCGUCGUGCGCCAGCCGUACAGCACGCACCUGUACAUGGGGAGGUGCAUGCUUGGCCGGCACAGGGAGAAGGAGAGGGUCGUCGAGUUCUUGCUGCAGCCAUGCUCGCUCCCCGGCGUCCUACCAAUCACCGGCCCGCCUGAGGUCGGGAAGAAGACUCUCGUCGAGCAUGUCUGUACCGACGAGAGGGUGCGCAGGCGCUUCCCCCUGAUCACGCAUCUCUGUGGCGAUGAUCUUGGAGACGGUGAAUAUCUUCUGAGUCCUGAGCACCGGGAACAUGUUCCCGGCAAGGGAUCACUGAUCAUAGUCGAGUUCGCCGGCGAGCCGGAUGAGGCGGCAUGGAGGAGGUUCUACUCCUCCAUCAGCAAGACCGAUGGCUCGAGCAAGAUCAUCGCCAUCAGCAGAACGGAGCAGGUCUCGACUCUAGGAACAGAGCAAGCACUGAGGUUGGAGACCUUGCAUAAAGAAGAGUACUGGCACUUCUUCAAGGUCCUCGCCUUCGGCAGUGCCGACCCGGCGGACCACCCGAAGCUGGUGUCCAUCGCCAUGGGCAUGGUGGAGGAGAUGAAAGGGUCGUUCAUGGCCUUGAACAUCCUCUCCUCGCUGAUGCACUCCAGCAUGGACGCGCGGUUCUGGCGCCGCGUGCUGGAGGUGCUCAGGCACGGCGUGCGCGCCAACUACACCGCCUUCGGCGAGCACCCGAGCCGGCUGCCCGCCAGCAGCCGGCUCGCCUACCUCUGCGGCGCGGCCGAGGACGCGCCACUCUGCCUGUACUACGAUUGGUGCAAACAGGUGGGGGCGUGGCGCCCGGGCCCCGCGCAGAGCAACGAGCUCCCCAAGGUGACGCUGCAGGACGUGCUCGAUGGCAGCGUCGUGCCCCGCGGCGAGGACAAGAUGGGCGUGCUGGUCUGGAAGUCCCCGAUACCGCCGUACUACAACUACGUCGCGAACUGCGCCGUGGAGAAGGAGAGGCCGGCGACGACGGGGAGUUGGUACCUUAAGAGGAAGAGAUUGCAGCAGCAAGAGAAUACAUAG